AUGGAUGAUCGGAAAAAAUCGGAAGGAAACAUUCAUGACGGUCGGUUCAAACCGCCGUUACCAGUCCCGGGUUUAGCGAGCAAAGUGGUAAAUAUUGAGGGAUCAAUCUUGGCUCCACGAAGGGGUGUAGUUCAACAGUCCAAGUCUGAUCCGAAGCAUAUAAACAUAAUUGACGAACUCACUAAAAUUACCGUACCAGUUGAAGUGGGGGAGAAGAAUGCUGAAACAUCUAACCAGAAUGGUGGUACUAUCAACAAAGGGCAGACAUAUGCGGAGACUUUAUCCACUCUUAAGCCAACGCCAAAGGUAAAUUUCCGGUACUUGGAAAACAACAAAGCGGUAGAAGAUGAGGAUGUAGAUGUUACUAUUCCGGUUGCCUCUGUCAAACAGGUUCAGGAGCGUUUUAAUAAUGUCCUAUUUGGUUAUUUCUUGGGAAAACGUUUAGCUUUUCCAGUUGUCGAGUACUUCGUGAGCCACAGAUGGGAAAAAUAUGGAUUGGAUAAGUGCAUGAUGAAUGGAAAGGGUUUUUUCUUUUUUAAGUUCAAUUCGAAGGAAGGAAUGGAACAAGUUAUGCAAGACGGGCCAUGGCUUAUUAGAAACAUACCGUUGUUUUUGAAACAAUGGUCUCCGAAUACCGAGCUGAAAAAGGAAGAACUAAAAAAGAUUCCAGUCUGGGUUAAGAUGCAUGAUGUUCCACUGGCAGCUUACACGGAGGAUGGACUUAGUCUGAUUGCUUCGAAGGUGGGUACUCCAAAGAUGCUAGAUAAUGAGACGACUAGAAUGUGUUUAGAUUCGUGGGGUCGAAGUGGUUAUGCGAGAGCGAUUGUGGAGCUAGAUGCGGAUAAAGAAUUGAAGGAGAGUGUCUCUGUAGCGAUCCCAAAUGUGGAAGAAGGCGGAUACCUUAAAAGUAAGAUUAGGGUGGAAUAUGAAUGGAAACCACCACAUUGCAAGUCUUGCAAUGUGUUUGGUCAUGGAACAGAAGAAUGCCCAACUGUAGCUAAGGAGGUGACCGAAAAGGGGAAGCAUGACCAAGAAACAACUGAUGAUCAAGGGUUUAAGAGUGGUAACAAUAGGAAAAAGGGAGGGAAAUUUAAUAUGAAAGAAAAGCAGAAAUUUAUUUACAGGCCCAAGAAAUCAAAUGAGAAGCUAGAGUCCGUGAAGCCGAGUUCAACUAAAGGGCCGAGUAAUUCCAGGGGGCCGGGCGUCCAAAUAAAUAAUCCUUUUGAUGUUUUGAAUACGGUGGAGGAUGAAUGGGGGUCGGAAACGGAAGAGGUUAGACUUAACCCGAGAAUGGGAGGCUAUGAUUUUAUGGAUGACACACAACCGACUAACGCGAAUAAUACAGAGUCGCAUGUUCAAGUUGCCAAUUUGGAUAGAGUUUGUAAAAACGUUUUCCGGAAUUGGGAUUGGUCCUCAAAUGGUAGUUUGUGUGAUAAAGGUACUCGGGUGAUUGUUGGCUGGAAUGUGGAUAAUGUUGAUGUUGUGGUGUUGCAUGCUACUAAUCAAGUUAUUCAUGUUCAAGUUCGGUUGAAGAAAGAUAAUGCCAUGAUCAAUGUCUCCUUUGUUUAUGCUAGUAACAAUGAUCAACAAAGAAAGCAGCUAUGGGAAUCGUUGAAAAUGCAUAAAGGGGUGGUUAAUUCGAGCCCUUGGAUAAUAAUGGGGGAUUUUAAUGUGGCGCUGAAUGCUAAAGAUAAUUGCAUGGGGUCAUCGUGCAUGACUACGGCCAUGAAAGACUUCAAUGAGUGUGUCAAGAACCUUGAAGUGUUGGAUGUUAGAGGCCAUGGAAUUCAUUAUACAUGGAGUCAAAGCCCGAAGAAAGGUGUUGGUAUUCGGAAGAAAUUGGACCGGAUAAUGGCUAAUGUUAGUUUUGUGGAUAAAUUUGUCGAUGCUUAUGCGGUGUUUCUUCCUAGUGGCAUUUCAGAUCAUUCCCCUCGUUUGCUUAAACUUCAAAUGGCUCAUAAAACUAAACCCAAACCUUUUAAAUUUACUAAUCUUUUGACUCACAAAAAGGAGUUUUUAGAGUUGGUUUCGAAUGGGUGGGCUGUUGAGGUUCAAGGUGUGCCUAUGUUCCGAGUUGUUAAGAAGUUACGGGGUCUUAAACAACCGAUGAGAAGCUUGCUUAGAAAACAAGGGAACAUCCACAAAAAGGUGAUCGAGUUAAAGGGGGAGUUGGAUUCUUUGCAAAGUAAGGUAGAUGCUGAUCCUUUUAACGUGUUACUUAAAGAAGCCGAGUCGAUUUGUGUUAACAAGUAUUUGGAAGCUACUAUGGAUGAGGAGAGAUUUUUGAAGCAAAAAGCUAAACAGAAGUGGCUGGAUGUUGGGGAUUCGAAUUCAGCUUUUUUCCAUAAUGUUGUGAAAUGCCGAAAUCAUGUUAAUAAAAUUAGUGUCAUUAAAGAUACUUCUGGGAAUGUUUAUGAAGGAGAUGAAGUUUCUACUGCAUUAGUUAAUCAUUUUCGGGAGUUCCUGGGUUCGAAUAGGAGCAUGGUUAACCGAGUUAACCAAGAUAUCUUCUCGGCCACGUUAAACCCGAUAGUUGCAGAUUCUAUGUGCAGACAAGUGACCCCGGAAGAAGUUAAAGCUGCUAUUUUUUCGAUAAAUGAAAACAAGGCACCAGGGCCUGAUGGUUAUACGUCCGAAUUCUUUAAGAAAUCGUGGCCGAUUGUUGGUGAUGAGGUAACAAUUGCAAUUAUUGAUUUUUUUGAGUCGGGGAGAUUGCUUCAGGAGAUAAAUCACACGUUUCUAGCUCUCAUUCCUAAAGUCUUGACCCCGGGAACUGUAACCGAUUACAGACCAAUAUCGUGCUGUAAUGUGGUGUAUAAAGGUAUUAGUAAGAUUCUCACCAGCAGGAUUCUUGAAGGGUUAGACAGCAUUAUAAGUGAAAAUCAAUCAGCGUUUGUGCCGGGAAGAAGGAUAUCGGAUAAUAUAAUGUUGACUCAGGAGUUGAUGCACAACUAUCAUCGACAAGUCGGGCCUCCCAGAUGCGCCAUGAAAGUGGACAUUCAAAAAGCAUAUGAUACGGUUGAUUGGAGAUUUUUACGUGAUAUUUUGCAUGGAUUUGGUUUUCGUCAACGAUUUAUAUUGUGGAUUAUGGAAUGCAUUACGAACACGUCGUUUUCCAUAAGUGUUAAUGGAAAUAUCUACGGAUACUUCAAAGGAAAGCGUGGUUUGCGGCAAGGGGAUCCAAUGUCUCCGUAUUUGUUCACUAUGGUCAUGGAAGUUCUUACACUAAUGCUCACCAAAGCUGCCACCUUUGAUUCCUCCUUUAGGUUCCAUAACAAAUGUGAGAAGCAGAUGAUAAUUAAUGUGUGCUUUGCGGAUGAUCUAUUCUUAUUUGCUAGAGGUGACUCGGGCUCGGUUAAAGUUAUUAUGAGAUCUCUAAAGGAAUUUGAGGAGGUGUCUGGGUUGGUUCCUAGUAAUGCAAAAAGCUCUGUCUUCUUUUGCAAUAUUCCCAUAUCUACAAGGAUCAGGAUCGCUGAAUUGGUGCCUUUUGAAGAAGGGAAACUCCCUAUUAGAUAUUUGGGAGUUCCUUUGCUCGCUUCGCGAUUGUCAGCUAGAGAUUGCAAGGCUUUGGUGGAACGCAUGUCAAAACGAAUAAAUGACUGGAAAAACAGAUUUCUUUCAUUCGCUGGUAGAUUGCAACUGGUGCUUUCGGUCCUGUCUGCGAUUCAUGUGUAUUGGGCAUCGGUAUUUAUUCUGCCGGUCAGUAUUAUAAAAGAGUUGGAAAACAACAUGAAAAGAUUUCUUUGGGGGCAGAGUAUGGGGUCUAAAAGCAAAGCUAAAGUGGCUUGGAAAGAGGUUUGUAUGCCGAAGUCGGAAGGUGGGUUAGGCAUAAGAAGGAUCGUGGAUGUAAACAAGUCUUUAAUGGCGUAUCACAUCUAUAGUAUCGUUUCUGGUAGGAAAUCAUUAUGGACGAAGUGGGUGACGUUGUAUAGACUUCGGGGACGAAGUUUGUGGGAUAUUCCGGUUCAAGCUAGCUCCCCAUGGGGCUGGAAAAAAUUGUUGAACUGUAGGAAUGGGAUUCGGGAUCACAUAUGGGUUAAGAUUGGCAAUGGUCAAAGCACUUCGUUGUGGUUUGACAAAUGGUCGAGUGAUUGCCCGUUGCAGCAACUAGUUACGCCGCGUCAAAUGGCUCGACAUGGUUUUACGAUCAAAUCUAAAGUGACAGAGGCUUUUAUUGAUGGCAGAUGGGAAUGGCCAGAAGAGUGGAGAAAUGAGUAUCCGGUUUUGUUUCAGCUUCGUCCUCUAUCUAUAUCGGAUAUGCAGGACAGAAGAUUAUGGAUGAAUUCGGAUGGCAAGCUGGUUCCCUUCACAUCGAAAGAAGUGUGGAAUGUUAUUCGGACUCGUGAACAACCAAAGUUGUGGUCGAAAGUGGUGUGGUCGUCGUUUAAUAUUCCAAAGCAUUCGUUCAUGUGCUGGCUUAUUUUUAAGAAAAAGCUUUGGACUCAAGACCGAAUUAUGAGGUGGAAUCAUUUAGUUACGGGAUCUAUGAAUCUGAUGUGCUGUUUGUUAUGCCAGUCAGAUUUAGAAACUCAUGAACAUCUGUUUUUUGAAUGCUCUUAUUCGAAAUCAGUGUGGCAUAAAGUAAGGCAUAAAGUAGAGAUGAACUCGAUUAAAGAGUCUUGGGAGGAGAUUUCAGCUUCGUUGAUUGCGAAAGAAAACUCGAAAUCGGUUUUUGCUGUUACGAGUAGAUUGGUGGUGGCAGCCGCGGCUUAUAUUAUUUGGAGUGAACGGAACGCGAGAUUUUUCAGUAACCGGUUGAGACCUCCGGAACAGCUGGCUGAUAGAAUCGUUAGUACGGUUAGAACAAAGUUAUUCUCAUUCAGGUAUAAGCAAACCUCAAAUGUCAAGCGUUUUAUGGAAGCGUGGAAGUUGGAUAAAGCAGACUUUUUGGAAGAAGACUGA